AUGUAUUUUUUAAAACGUAAUUGCCAUAUCAAAUCAAUAUGUUCAGUCGUACGACUAUGCAGUCAAAGCAGAAAAACGCAUUACGAAGUUCUUAAAUUACGUAAAAACUGCACGGAUAAGGAAAUAAAAGAUGCAUUCAUUCAAAUGAGCAAAGAGUACCAUCCUGAUAAAAACAAAGAUGUAAAGGCACAAGAAAAGUUUGUCAAAAUCGUUGAGGCAUACAAUAUUUUAAGUAAGCCGAGCAGUAGAGCUCAAUAUGACCAUGUUAUGGACCUUGGUGCAAAAAAUACUUCAUAUGUUUAUAAAACACAUACACCAUAUAACUUAAGAAGGAAUCCAGCAUAUAAUUUUUACGAUCCACCAAAAGCAAAGAGCACUGAAAAUAAAUCCGAUUACUAUGGAGUUAAAGGUGUUAAAAAACUACCAAAUGUCACGAUAAUAUUUCUAUGUUUUUCUGUGGCAUUGGUAGGAGUAAUAUUACAAAUGAUUGUUAUUAGAGAGACAUAUUUGAUAAAUCGUAAAAGAACUCAAGAGAAGUCAAUAAUAUUGGCAGAGGAACUGGAAAAAGUUAGAGCAAAUGCUGAAGGAAAGACAAAUAGAAUGCAAACACAAGCCAUCUUAGACAAAAUCGUAAGUUCCUCAAACCCUACUGUUGCAACUGCAUCGCUGGGUCAAGCAUUGGCAAACGAGAAAAAUAAAUGA